AAUCAGAAUAAUUAUGUUUUGCUUUCAAAUACAGACAGUAAAGACGACGUUUUUACAUGGAUUUAGUUAGUUCAGCUUGUUUCAUAAGUCGUCGUCAGUUUUCCAUCGACAUUAAAACCAGAAGUCUACAAACUUCUUUUACCGCCAUCUAGCUACGAAUGUGCUCUUAUGAAUAUUUCUUCUAGUUUUUCUGAUUCACUUAUCAUGGCAACCAAUCGCGGCAAUUAUGUUAUUUACCCGGGCAAAACAAACUAAAUACACGUCCAGCUAGCUAACCAAUUUGGCUAGCACUUCUACUCAAAUUUAAGGUCCGCAAUGAUGUCAACCGGUGAUUUGAAAGGAUGUCUUCGGAAGCUGGAUGCUCAACUACGGGCAUUGAAGUACCCAAGAGAGGUCGACUAUAAUGGCUUGGCCAAAGGGGAUCCUUCUGCCUUUCUCCCCAUAGUGAGUUAUGCAUUCAUCUCCUAUUCACCACACCUUGCUGAACACCUGGUGCGCUUCGGAGUGGAACUCACUGGGAAGAACGACCUACGUUUUAUCGAAUGCAUCUACAAGGUACUGCGGGAUCUCUUCCACUACAAACCUGUCCUGACCAAGCAGCAGUUCCUCCAGUUUGGCUUUGCAGAAAGAAAGACCUGCAUCCUCUGUGAUGUCAUCGCCUUCGCCCUGCAGAAACACAAAGAGCUCAGCAAAGGCAAUAAGCCAAAGCCGAGAGCUCGUUUUCAGGCCUCGAGUUCAGACUCCAAAAGUGAGGCUCUCCCAUUUCAGGCUGAAACAAUGAACCCCAUGGCCACCACAUUGUCCCUAAGCAGGCCACUAGUGGAGAGACACAUUGGUGGUGACUCCUGGCGCUCCUCUAGUAGAACCUCAGAUAUUGAAGAGUCUGAGGAAGAGGAGGAGGGGCUGGGACUGGAGGAGGUCCAGAACCAAGCACCUACAGUCCCUCAAACAGACCUGGUGGUGGAGGGGAGGCUGGCAGUGCUGGAGGCCCAGCUGUUGCAGGUCCAGACCCGGCUGGGGGGGCUCUCGGCCCUGGAGCAGAGGCUGGAGCUUCUAGAGAAGGCCUCGGCCGGGAGGAUCACUAUAGACAAGCACCAGUGGGAGAACCUGGAGAGCAGAGUGCUACUGCUGGAGACCAGACUGACCUUCUCCACAGCCACAGCCCAGGAGUCGUCGUCACUUAUCAAUGGAGGUUGGAGUCAUCACGUGGUGGAUAAUGCAACAGAAGUCACGGAGUCAAGACCCAGUCCUCCAGAGAGCCUCCUACACAACUCUGGCUGUGAGCGUCCUCAGUCCUCCACCCCUUCCGCAAGCUAUCCCAUCACCCCCUGUGUGACAACGGCACCCCCAGAGGAGAAUAUGAAAGAGAGAUUGGAAAGGAUAGCCAACAUGAUGAAAGACACUUCCAGCCUUUUAAGAAGUAUAGAACCCUCAAUGUAAAUUCAGACUUAAUAUGUAUUUUUGUUAUUGAUCUCUGGAUUAGUAUGCGAGUGAUGAAUAAAAUAAUCAUGGAAAAAUA